AUGGAUGAGAUUUAUGAGCAUUUAAAAAUAAUUGAUUAUAGUUUAAUAUGUUUUUUAAAUAAAUAUAAAAUUAUACAUAAAUAUAUAAAAUAUGUAUCAGAUAUUUUUAUAAAUACAAUUUAUGAAUAUAACCUAUUAAUAAAUAAAAUUAUAUUUAUGUAUAAACAAAAUGUUUAUAAUUCCGUUCAUAAAAAUUUUAUGGAGUUCAAAGAAAAUGAGGAAAAAAAAAAAGAACAAGAAAAAAAUAUCAUAGAAAUAAAAGAAAAUUUAAAAAAAGCUUCAAAACUUACUAAGACUAAUAUAAAAUUUAAAGGAGAUGUAGAAGAAGAUGAUAAAAAUACAUAUGAAAUUAAUACAAAUUUGAAAGUUGAUUUACCUUAUAACAUAUUAGCUUUAUAUAAGUUGAGAUAUUACAAAAAUACAUUCUUUAAAAAUUAUUCUACAAUAAUAAAGAAUGAUAAUUACUUAAAUGCAAAUGAGCAAAGGAAGAAAUUUUUAAACAAAUUGAAAUUAUCAGCAAAAGUAUGUGAUAAAGAAAAAACAAAAAAGAAAAGUGAUAUUUUCCAAGAUGAUUAUAAAAAUAUGGUAAGAAUAUUAAACGAAAAUUAUUUUUUUAAAGAAUCACAAAAAUUAAAAGAAAUAUUGAUUAUAAAUAAAUAUUUAAAUAAGGCAAAAAAUAUAGUGAAUAAUAUACCUCAAUUUUUAUAUAAAAUAAUUGAAGAAUUUGAAUUAACUGAAUCUAAUUUUCAAGAAAAUAUGUACUUAUUUAUUCUUCUAGCUUUAAAUAAAUGGAUAAAAAAGAUCAUAUUUGAAUGUGAACAUUUUAUAUCUUAUUCUAAAGUAAAAGUCUAUAAUAAGAAAGUAGAGGAAAACGAAAUUUAUAAGAAGUAUAAUGAAUAUUUGAACGAAAUUUUACAGAGAGGAGUUGAGCAAACAGUAGUGUUUAAUGAAGAUAAAUCUUUUUUUUAUAUUCCUUCAAAUCUAAAUUUUAACAUUAAUACCUCUUUUUUAACAUACUAUUUUUUGUAUAUAAAUAAAAACUUAUUUGACUUUUUAGAAGGAUUCUACAAGUCAAUUAAAAAAACAGAGGGGAUAAAUAAUUAUAAAAAAUUAAAAAUGAUUUUAUUAUGUAAUCAAAAGGAAGAAAGUUUAUAUAUGAAAAAUGAUAUAUAUAAUUACAAUUUACGUAAUGAAUAUAAUGAAACCGAUAACUUAAAUAAACUAGGUUUUUUUAUCGAUUCUAAUUAUAUGUAUCCUAACAUUUUUUUGAUUUGCAAUUAUUUAUUACAAGAAGAAACAAAAAAUAUAAUAGAUAUAAUCUAUAAACUACAAAGAAAUAGUUACAAUUUAAUUGUAUAUCAAGAUAUUUCUAUAAUUAUUCAAAUAAUUUUAUUUAUUUUCAAAAAUUUAAAAAUUAUGUUUAAUAAAGAAAUAAAGGAAAAGGAAGAAAAAGAAGAAGAGGAAGAAUAUGAAGACUUACGUAAAUAUAUUUCAAAAGCAAAUAUAAAUUAUAGUUAUUCAAAUAAUUAUGAUAAGUUUUUAGUUCCAUUACGAUUAAUGAUAUUAAAUUUAUUGAAACUUAUACAUACUGUAACAAAAUGUUCUAAUAGAAGUUUUAUUUGUAACUUUUGGCAAAAAUUAAGCUUAAAUGAAAAUAUAAGAGAGAUAGAUAAUAUAUAUGUAAAAGAAGAAGAUGAAGAAAAUUAUUCUAAUAAAAAUGCCAUUUCCUAUAAUUUCAUCCAAUUAAAUAAACAAUGUAGCCAAAAUAAUUGUUACCUUCUUAGUACAAAAAAAAAGAUAGAGAAAGAAUUUUCUGAUUGUAAUUAUAACAUAAAUAUUAAUGAGGUUAUAAAUAAAAGGAUAUUAUGUUAUGAUUUUUAUAAAAUAGUUAGUGAUCAAGUAAAAAAAGUUAAAUUUGAUAUUGAAAAUAGAAACAAUAGGGAUAUGUAUACUGGCAUAUUAUUAAAAAAAAAUAAAUAUAAAAUAGAAAAUGAUAAGAAAAUUAAAAAUGAUUCAAUGAUAAAGGGAAGAAGUAUUGUAGUGAAAAAGAAAAUUCCUCAAAAAUCAGAAGUAAUAUAUUCACCUAAUAAAAAAGAUCCUAAUAUUAAAAAAAUUACUUUGAAGAUUGAGAACAAGGAUAACAUAACAGAAGAUGGACAAAAAAAUAUCCCAAAUACUUCAGAAAAAAAUAUGAAAUCAAAAAUAUUAAAAAACAAAAAAGAUACAAAAGAAAGUAGUAGAAAUAUUAAAUAUACUAAAAUGGAUAUAGAUGAAAAAAACAAAACAUAUGAAAAUAAAAAAAAUAUUAAAAAUUCAUUUAAGUCUACCUCUUCAUCUAUAAACAGUAAAAAUUAUACAUCUACAUCUGUAAAAAAAGAUAGAACAAGGCUUUGA